AUGCUUGACGUAUUCGACUUCAUCGUCGAGAAGGGCGGAAACCCGGAGCAGAUCAAAGAGUCGCAGAGGAGGAGGUAUGCGCCAGAAGAGGUUGUGGACGAAGUUAUCGUGCUGUAUGAAGAUCACCGCAAGACUCAGUACUCAGCGACCCAAGUGAACACGAAGAUCAAUGAAAUACAAAAGCAGAUCGGUGCGAAGAAGAAGGCCAAGGAAGAUGCAUCUGAGCUCAUGGCCCAGAAGCUUGAGCUAGAGAAAGAAAAGAAGGCAAAGAUCGAACUUGCCGGUGAGAAGGACGUUGCACUGAAGAAGAAGAUUGCCACCAUUGGGAACAUCGUCCACGAGUCUGUGCCUGUUCACAACAACGAGGACAACAACGUCGAGCUGCGAGCGUGGGCGCCCGAGGGAUUCUCUGUCGAGAAACGCGACGUCCUGUCCCAUCACGAAGUCCUGACACGCCUGGAUGGAUAUGACCCAGAAAGAGGUGUCAAGGUCGUUGGCCACCGUGGCUACUUUCUGAGAAACUGGGGUGUAUUUUUGAACCAAGCCAUGAUUAACUAUGGUCUUCAGUUUUUGUCGGAGAGAGGAUAUACCGCAUUACAGGCACCUCAGUUUAUGCUGAAGGAGUAUAUGGCAAAGACCGCUCAGCUUGAACAGUUCGAUGAAGAGCUCUACAAAGUCGUGGAUGGCGAUGCUCAAAAUGAUAAGUAUCUUAUCGCGACCUCCGAACAGCCGAUAUCAGCCUUCCAUGCCGAUGAGUGGAUUAUGAACAAGGAGCUUCCUAUCAAGUAUGCUGGUUUCAGCACUUGUUAUAGAAGAGAGGCUGGCUCGCACGGUCGUGAUGCCUGGGGUAUAUUCCGUGUUCAUCAAUUCGAAAAGGUUGAGCAAUUUGUUCUUACCGACCCAGAGAAGUCUUGGGAGGCAUUCGAAGAUAUGAUCACCGUUUCCGAGGACUUUUAUAAGUCGUUGGGCGUGCCAUACCGCGUUGCCGCCAUCGUUUCUGGUGCCUUGAACAAUGCCGCAGCGAAGAAGUACGAUCUGGAAGCCUGGUUUCCCUUCCAAGGCGAGUACAAGGAGCUCGUGUCUUGCUCGAACUGCACGGACUACCAGUCGAGGGCACUUGAGAUUAGAUUCGGCAACAAGCUCCAAACGGAUGUCAAGAAGAAGUAUGUCCAUGCUCUUAACUCUACACUGUGCGCAACCGAGCGCGCGUUGUGCUGUCUGCUAGAAAACUUCCAAACCGAAGAUGGAUUCACCGUACCCGAGCCACUCCGAAAGUACCUACCUGAUGCUCCUGACUUCAUUCCAUUCACCAAGGAGCUUCCAAAGGAUUCCACUUCGCAGAAAGCGAAGGCGAAGGCCGAAAAGUCUGGUAAAGUCGCGAGCGCUGUUGCUGGUGGGGCGGCAGCUGUUACAGAAACGUUGAAGGACCUAAGCACCUGA